AUGUGCUGCCAGGACACCGAGUCGCCAGCGUGCGAAGACUCUAAAUCUAAGGUGAACCAUAAACGGAACCUCAGCAAUGGGACAUCCGAGCUCUCGCCACCCAGACGAUCCAAACGACAGAAAUCCACGACAAAUUUGAAAGAACUCUCUUCUCCAGAACCCUCGGAGUCGGAGACUGAAGAAUCUACUUCUGCAUCAAAAAAAGAGGCCGGCGAGACACCACUCGUUGAUACUGGCAAGGAUCAAAGAAAGAAGGCUCCAGUUAAGAAGGAGUCCAACGAAGACGUCAAACUUAAAAAGGCGAGAAAGUCUAGGAAAGACCAAGAGCUUGAGAGUAUGCCUUUAGCACCGCGCACUAAAGGUCUGCGUAUGUUUGUUGGCGCUCAUGUCAGUGCUGCAAAAGUGAGAAUAUCGGGUGAGUCUGAAGGUCUUCUAAUUGGAUCUAAGUUUGAAGUCAAGUCUAAUUCUGUGAUUAGAGGCAAUGCAUUCGCCUUGUUCUUGAAGUCGCAGCGCAAAUGGGAGAAUCCAGCUCUUCAGAACGACCAUCGGGAUCAAUUCCGCAAGCUCUGCGCGGAAAAGGGUUAUGAUGCGUCCAAACACGUUCUUCCUCAUGGCUCAUACCUUGUCAAUCUGGCCCAGAACGAUAAAGCCAAAGCCAAACAAGCAUAUACCUCCUUCCUGGAUGAUCUCCGCCGCUGCGAGGCACUUGGAAUCACACUUUACAACUUUCACCCCGGAAGUACCAACCAGACACCUCUGCCCGAAGCACUUGCCCGCCUGGCAGAGAUGUUAGUGCAAGCCAUCACCGAAACCACGACUGUAGUUCCCGUCCUGGAGACGAUGUGCGGCCAUGGCAACACAAUCGGAGGCUCACUGUCCGAAUUCCGCGACUUGCUGGCUCUGAUUCCGAAAGAGCACCACUCCCGCAUCGGCAUCUGCGUCGACACUUGCCACAGCUUUGCAGCUGGCUACGAUCUAACAUCCCCAGCAGGAUUCAAAGCUUUCCUUGCCGAAUUCGACGAGUUAAUCGGAAUCAGAUUCCUCCGAGCUCUGCACCUCAAUGACUCAAAGGCACCGCGUGGAAGCAAGCGCGACCUGCACGCCAAUAUCGGCACGGGGUUCCUCGGCCUGCGCGCCUUCCACAAUGUCAUGAACGAGCCGCGGUUUGAAGGGCUACCUAUGGUCCUUGAAACGCCUAUUGACCGUGUCCCCGGACAGAAUGUAGCCAAUGGAGACGAUGCAGCUGAUGGUAGUGAGAGCGAGUCUGGGAAGAAGAAACAGCAAAAGAAGGGCCCCAAGAGACCUGCUGGUGCGGGUGCAGCUGCUGUUCCUGAUCCAGGUGUGUGGGCAGAUGAGAUCAAAUUACUCGAGUCACUGAUUGGUAUGGACCCUGAGGGCGAAGAGUUCCUGGCUCUUGAGGCUCGGCUUUCGGAGGAGGGUCGUGCGGAGCGUGAGAAACACCAGGAUCAGUAUGAGCGUAAACUUGAGGCAGAUGAGAAAAAGAAAGCGAAGGGACCAGGAAAGGCCAAGGGACAGAAGAGUCUGAUGGACAUGAUGAAAAGUGGCGCUGCAAAGAAGUAG